AUGGAGUUUCAAAUGGGAGAGAUGUCUAGAGAGAUGAACAACCUUUCGAAUGUUAAAAAGUUCUCGGAAGAUGAAAUACUGCAGAUUAUAAAAGAUAGAUACAGCUCGGGAAUGAUAUAUACACUCGCAGGCCCAGCACUAGUCUCUGUCAAUCCGCACAGACCGCUGGGUGUAUAUGGAAGCGAGCAGAAAAAAGAGGCUUUAUCAAACAACGAGUAUCCGCACAUUUUUACAAUAGCUGAAAGAGCACACAGAGGAAUGCUGCAGAAUAAGAAUCAGGUAAUUGUCCUGAGCGGUGAGUCCGGCUCAGGAAAGAGUGUGAACGCAAACUACAUACUUGAGUAUCUCUCUGACCGCAUGGAAAAGAAGAACAUUGGAAGAAGGCUUGUGCAUGCGUCUCCUGUGCUAGAGCUGUUUGGGAAUGCGUGCACAAAAAACAACACAAACUCCUCGAGGUUUGGAAAGUAUGUUGAAAUAUACUACGAGUCAAAUCAAAUAGCAGGAGCAAACAUAAAAGCUUUUCUGCUGGAGAAAGGCAGAGCGCAGGCAGCGCAGGACAACUUCCACUCAAUGGUCCUGCUGAGUGAGCUCAUAGACGAAACAAAAAAAAGCAGAGAAGAAAGUAAAAAAAGAAUGGCAGAGAUACUGGGCAGCUUCCAAAAGAUAGGAGUAGAUAGGAAAAGUGUGCUAGGAGUAUUCAAAGCUCUUUUGAUAGUGGUUUAUCUAGUGCAGAUCGAGAUAAAAGAAGGGAAAGAAGAAGACGGGUGCUCUGUUGACAAAGAAAUGAUAGAUAAAGUAUCGCACGUUAUAGGCAUUCCCUCUGACACAAUAUCGUCGCUUCUGCUAGAAAGAAAGCUCUCCAUUGGAAAAGAUGUUCUUACCAAAAAAAAGACACUCAGCGAGUGCCAGGUAACAAAGAACACUCUCAUUCGUGUUAUAUACGAGAAAAUAUUUGAGUCUGUGGUUUUUCUGAUCAACAGCACACUGGCUUCUGAGAAAAGCACAGAAGAUGAUUUGGCUAAGUACCUGAGCCAUGAAGGAGUUGAUUUGUUUGUGAGUGAGCUAUUCAAUGCAGACAUCAGUGUAGAACUGCCUAGACCUACGAUUAUAGAUGGAAAUGAUGGAGAAAAAACAGUUAAAAUAGGAGUACUGGAUAUAUACGGAUUCGAGAUUAUGGAGGAAAACGGGUUUGAUCAGCUCUGCAUAAAUUACGCAAACGAGAAGAUUCAGGCAGAGUAUGUGCGCAGAAUAAUCGAGGACAACAGGAAAGCUUUUAGAGAAGAGGGGAUUGACCUGGAGAACAUGGAAAUGCUCUCGCAGGCAGAGUCUGUCUUUGAAGGAUCGCUUGGGAUCAUCAAAUUGCUCGACGAAGAGUCGUUUAUGCCCGGGGGAACAGUUAAAAACUGGCUAAAUAAAGUCUCAAGUGCAGGAGCAAUAAAAACAAGAGAAAACACCAUGGAAAUAAAUCACUAUGCAGGGAAAGUGUGGUACUCUGCUGACGAGUUUGUUCUGAAAAACAGGAAUACAUACUCCGAUAUUUGCAGUCUUCUAAAUCAGACAAAUAUAGCUGCUCUGCACCAGCCAGAAGAGCACAAAGGCAGACUAAGCCAGGUGGGCGUGAUUGGAGAGUUUCAAAAGAGUCUACAAACUCUUCUAACAGAGAUAAACAAGAAUGUGCUGCACUAUGUCAGAUGCAUUAAGCCUGGAAAAACAUCUGAGUUCUGCAAUGAGUAUGUGAAAACACAGCUCAGGCUAACGGGCAUAUACGAAACAGUCAAAAUAUUUAUGCUGGGAUUCUAUGUAAAAACACUGAAAAAUGAAUUCAUGGAAAGAUAUUCAGUCGAUCCAGGAGAUGUUCCAGGCGCGCAGGUGGGAGUAAAGUACGUCUUUCUGACAGAGAAUGUGUUCAAUAUGCUUGAGGAGAAUAAGAAGGCAAACGAAGCCAAUGCAGCCUCCAUUAUAAAAGUGUAUCUGUAUGGGAAACACAUUUACCAGAAAUAUUCAAAGAUAAGAGAAGAAGAAAUAAAAAGAAUGGAAAAAGAAUUGCUAGAGAAGGAGUUACUUGAGAAAGCCGAGAAGGAGUUACUUGAGAAAGCUGAGAAAGAGAAACAUAGAGUUGCACACGAUAGCAUGAGCAAUGUCCAAACUGAAAAACCUGUGUGUGCGCAGAUAGCAGCUUCUGAAUGUGAGAAAACAGAUGUAAAUUUAUCUGCUGAAAAGAGAGUAGAAGUUCUAGAACUGGAUAAACAGCCAUCUGAUGCCAUAGAGAAGCCUGAAGAAGCUGUGCAAACUGAGAGAGCAUCUGAACUAGUAAUAGACUUUAUAAACUCAGACAAUUCUAUGCACAAUCCUGAGAGAAAAGUGAAUGCUACGAAUACUGACAACGAUGACCAAAAAAAUACUACUGAGCAGAAAGGUAUCAAUAGCAUUCACAUGGCAGAUUUAAACACCUCCCCUGCAUCGGAUGACAAUAUUAACCCGUUUUUGCAGCAUAAUGAAACUCUUAGAGAGAUCAAUCGAUGCAACAGCUGCUACAAAACAGAGGAAAAGUAUGCAAUGCAGGUUCUCUAUCUGGCAGAGAGGGAGAACCUCAUAGAAAAGCUAAAGUCAGAUCUACUGUCUGCUUCAGCAACUAUUAAAGAGAAGAACAUGCUUAUUCGCGACUUAAGCCACAAGAUUGAAGUCAUGCUCUACGAACUGUCGAGCGGCGAGUAUUUCAAAACGACAACCAACCCACACCAAAGCAGCAGAGGAGUGCCGCUCGGUCCUUCAAAACCGGACAAGACCAAGGCAUCUGAUAUGCUUUUUAGAAAAAUAUGCAAGAUCUUUAUCCAAACUAUACCCCCUGCAUAUCCUUCGUACUAUCACUCUGUGUGCUGCUCGUUUGCGCUGUUUCGCAUCUCCGCUAUCUGUCCUGGGGGAAUCUCUGAAAAUAUAUCAGCUGCAGUCAAAGAAUUUCUCUCUUCUGCCUAUGCUGUUCUUGUGGUCAAAAAAUCAUCAAUUCCCUUGUACACUGGGUUUUUCCUGACAAAUGCUAUUUUUAUCGCCAGAACUUCGCCCUCUGCACAGACUUCAGAAAUGCUCCAGAGCAUAUACGGAGAAGGGUGCAAGGCAGUAACUGAAGAGAUUGUAAACUUUGGGUUUGACUUUCUGUUCAAGCCUUCUAUGUCAGACAAUGUUAAUCUUCUCUCGAGGCUCCUUAAGAAGCCCUCCCUUGACUCGGUUGUUUCUCAUCUCAAGAUGGUGCACUCUGUUCUUUCGAAUCUGUAUGUCCCUAAGCCUGUGAUUGUCUCUAUUUUCGAGUAUAUUUCUAAAACAAUAGACGCGCUGGGAUUCGAGUACAUAACAAAAAAAGAAAAGAAAAUCACAGGAAAAAACAUUGUGUACUUGCACAACAGUUUAGAUACGCUUUCCUCUCUGCUUAUUGACGUAAAGGUACAGGAUCCGUACAGCUGCUUCCCCUACCUUAGAAAAUACACAGAGUUUGUAGAAAUGCAAAAGAAAGGCUUUAGCACCGGAUCAAUCUCUUUGCAGCUUGGGCCGUUUACGUCAUCUCAGCUCAUGGCGUGCAUAUCUUCGCUGUCUCCAGACAUACGAGGACAGUGUGCAGAGAAGCUGCAGAGCGCUCUGAAAGACACAAUACAGGUUGAUAGGAUUACCAUGCCAACCCCGCUGUUUUCUAUGCCACUAAAUGCUCUUCCAGAUGACCCAAAUGAGCUCUACAGUGCCCUGUCUAUUUGCCCGGAAAAGGACGCCCUGUGCAGUGCUCUGGAAGAGUUUGGUGUGCCUUCUUCCUGGCUUAAAUAG